GUGUGCGUGCACGCGCGUCUCGACCAACCAGUCACCGCUGACGCGCCUUGGUCUUGCAGGUAAAAAAAAAAAAAGUUGCGUGGGAUGGUGCGUGACUCCUCAGUCACUGUGGGGCCAAGCGUGUCCAGCGCCACUGACAACUGUGAAAACCCCACUGACGCCCGUCGACUCCGGAGCUGUGGGCUGAGUCCCAGUUACAUCAGCACACCGGCCGCCUUAAAACGGCGCUGCGGCUCACGAGUGGUGUGAAAACACACACGUACGCGCACACGGACGGACACGCGGCAUCAACCUUUGACACAAACCUGGAGUCAGUGCAGCGAGGACGCCGGCAGAGCUCGAGGAGCACGGAGCUCAUGGACGUGGACUCAGGCAGAGGCAGGAGAGCCAUGGCAGCGGGGAACGUCCGCUGCAGCAUUAAGCUGUUCGUCCUGUGCCACGGCCUCCUGCAGUUCUCUCAGCUGCUGUACAGCUCGUACUUCAAGAGUACCAUCACCACCAUCGAGAGGCGCUACGGCCUGAACAGCUACUCCUCUGGAACCAUUUCCUCUCUCCACGAGAUCAGCAACAGCGUCCUCAUCGUGUUCGUGAGCUACUUUGGAAAUCGAGUUCAUCGCCCCCGUGUCAUCGGAGUCGGCGGAUUAUUGAUGGCUGUCAGCGCCUUGCUCCUGACCCUACCUCACUUCCUGUCCCAGCCCUACCAAUACAACUCAGUAUUACACAGUUGCCAAGACAUUUGCAACGCGCAGCGAAACUCAAGUGACUCCGUGUCAUGCGGCCGCGACGAGAGCCGGCGUCUGACCGACACCAACAACCUGUGGAUGCUCAUGGCCACCGCUCAGCUGCUGUUCGGUCUGGGCUCAGUGCCCAUCCAGCCCUUUGGGAUUUCUUAUAUUGAUGAUUUCGCAAGACCUGGAAACUCCCCUGUGUACAUAGCCAUCCUGUUCGCAGUGUCAGUGUUCGGCCCCGCCAUCGGCUUCCUGAUGGGUUCGGCCAUCCUGCGGAUCUAUGUGGACGUGGACAAGAUCGGUCUAGGGGCCGAACACGAGCUGAAACCUGGAGACUCCCGCUGGGUGGGGGCCUGGUGGAUUGGUCUGCUCGUCACGGCCAGCUGCCUUCUCCUCACCUCCAUCCCCUACUUCUUCUUUCCACGCAGCAUGCCAAGAGAAAAGAGUGUGGUUGUAAAUGACAUGGACACAGGUGCGGACUUCAAGAAGCCAGACGUCUCUUUACUUGAAUUCUUGCAAAUGUUUCCCAGAAUGUUCUUGCGCCUCCUGUUGAGCCCUCUCUUCCUAAUGCUGGUCCUGGCUCAGUGCUGCUUCUCCUCGGUGAUCGCGGGACUGUCUACGUUCCUGCCCAAGUAUCUCGAGCGGCAAUACAGCGCCUCGCUGGCUGACAGCGGCCUGCUCGUAGGUGCUUUGAAUCUGCCAGCGGUGGCUGUGGGGAUGUUGGUCGGCGGGGUCAUCAUGAAGAGAGCGGGACUUUCUUUGAAGACCAUACCCCGAUUCUCUGUGGUCAUGCUGGUCAUCUCCACGACCCUCUGUAUCCCUCUCUUCUUCAUGGGCUGUCCCACCCAGAAGGUCUCAGAGGUCAAUCAUCACCAAACAGACCAAAAUGGGUCACUCCCAUCGUGUUACUCCAACUGUUCGUGUUCUACUAGUGCCUUCAACCCAGUUUGUGGUUCAGAUGACGUGGAGUACAUUUCACCGUGUCGUGCAGGUUGUACCAACUUCACCAAAGACCCCAAAUCCCAAAGGAUUCAAAUGUAUACGAACUGCCAGUGUGUUUCUGGGAGCCAGAUCCACGCCCUCCCUUCUCCCUGUCCAAACAGCUGCCCUCAUUUACUUCUCCCUGCCAUAAUCGUCAUCUCUCUGGCUUCACUAGUUGCGAGUUUCACUCAUAACCCCCUGUAUAUUAUGGUUCUCAGGUAAGGCCAAACCAAAAGCGUCAGUUUUUAUAUGAAUGUUUGUUUUCAAUUAUAACUGUGUACAGAGUCGGCCAACGUUUAUCUUUUCUCUACUUUAUUGUGGUUUUGUUAAUAAAACCCUAAUCUUACUACACGAUCGUUAUCUCUUUUUCGUGGAACUUUGUAAUGUUUUAAACACAGUCACAACAUCCACAACGUCAGACGGUGACUGAUGACUGUGUUAAAACAAUGAUAAGUGAAUAGACACUGGAAUUAUUGCACGCACGGUGUGGUAAAAUAUAGUAUAUUGAAAUGUUUCAUCUCAUUAAUAUUCACAGAUUGAUUAACCUGAUUAAUUUGAAUUGGUAUUUAUGAUUAUAUGGCUUAACCU